AUGGCCAAAGCUCUCACCGCAAAGGGCAUCACCUGCAGGAAACUUCGCAAGAAACCGCUGGACCAGCUAAUGGGGCAGAUACCGACUUUACGAGUAGCAGCUGGUUUUCCUCCCUUUUCCAACACCGCUGUUGACAUGUUUGGACCCAUGCAUAUUAAAAUCAAUCGGAAGUCUCUGAAAGAAGCCCAGGUUGUAAUAUUCGCCUGCAUGACAACAAGGGCAGUUCAUUUAGAACUUGUUAAUGACAAAACAUCUGAUGCUUUCCUUAUGGCGUUCCGUCGUUUCGCGAGCUUGCGUGGUCACCCGAGCGUUUGUUGGUCGGACUGUGUUACAAACUUUGUUGGUACACAAGCUUACUUAAAGGAAGUUAUGCGGAACAUUCCGAAGAUUCAAAGUGUUCUAUCCGAGGAUUUCUGUUGUGAAUUCAAAUGGAAAUGGAAUAUACCUCACGCAAGCCAUCAAAAUGGUAUCGUGGAAACCCUCAUCAAAAAUUUAACAAAAUACACUGGCAAAAUUAACACAUUUCAAAUACUGGUUUAA